AUGAAUGCGAGUAAAGAAGGGAAUGUAUUUCUUCUUGGGCUAAUAUCAAGCAGUGAAGAGAAAAGACUGUUCCUAGAUCGUAUGUUUUUCCUCCCUCAAAGGCUUACUCGGAUUCUUACAGCAAUCAAGUCUUUCGAGGAAUCGAAAAUAUUUCUGAGUAGAGUUUUGAAAAAGGAUGCGCCGAAUUAUUAUGAAAUAAUAAAAAAACCUAUGGAUUUAAGUAUUGUCCAGAAAAAGAUAGGGAAAUAUAAGUCCUUUGAGGAAUUCAAGGCAGACCUUGAUCUGAUAUGGGAUAACUGUCUCAAGUUCAACCACUCGAAAUAUUAUCGAGAUUGUGCUUUAAAGAUGAAAGAUGUGGUGAGUGCCUUUGAGAUAGAGGUAGUUCCUGUGAGUAUGGACAUGGGCUUUGCUAUAAGCUCUUAUGUUUGUGAGGGAAAAGAGGGGAAGGGGCCUAUUAUCAAGUGCAUAGUUAAAAAGAUAAUAAGUAGGGUUCUUCUUUCGUUGGGAUAUGGCGCCGCCUCUGGAAUGGCCCUUGAAGUAUUCUGUGGUGUUUUUGAGCACAAAAUACUCAAGAUAAUAAAAAAAGUGAAGGCGGAGGAGACAGACGAUCUGAGAUCUACUUCUCAACCCCCUUGA